CCACCAAUUAAGUAGGACACAAGGCAGUGACACCUAAAUACUAAAAAAGGGGGUUGCUGAAAGUUUUCUAGGACGGCUGUUGUCAUCUGAAAACACAUAUUACUUGACAAAAAAAGUAGAGAGAAAAAAAAGCGUGUAACACACAUACACACUAGCCCUCAAAGGAAGGUUAAAAGUAGUCAACGUAAACAUUAGAAUUAGCUCGGCGAGUGGGUCGUUUUGGAGUUUUCGGAUACUCAGAUACUGAGAGUGAGAGAGUUUCUCAGUUGAGUUAGGCUGAAGUGUUUAUUUAUAAAAAUGGCAAUGGAGUAAAUUCAACGUCAACUAAUUGAAAAAUGUACCACCUGAUCAAGACCUGAAAUACAACAAAGACAUUGGCAGUUGCAUUUACUGAACACUAUCUUAAUGUGGCUCCCCCUAAAAGUAUUUCUUCAAUGAGAUAGUAACUUGUGAAUGUGUACAACAUUUCACUUCAACUGGCUAUUCCUCAGCCAGUUCACCACCAAGGGCAGGCAGUUUUUUAUAUGUUGCUCUGUGGAUUUAAUGUAGUAACCUCUCAUGUACUUUAAAGCUACCCAUGUCUGUAGAAGUUCUUGUUUCUAAACCUGCCACUGCCUUAGCUCCUGCUGAAGCCAUUAUGAAAGAACAAUUGCGUCCAUCAUCUCAUGGGGGCAAACAGAACAACCACGUAAAAGUAUCUUCUGGCUAUCCUGGUCAGAUUGUUCACUACCCUAUGGAAGCAAAUAGGAAUACAUCGGAUGUAAAUGGCCUAGGUACUGACAUUCAACAACACUUUGACAAUACACACAUUAUUUAUGAUAAUUCUACUGACACUACCUAUCUACGAGGCCGUCUUUUAGGAAAGGGUGGCUUUGCAAGAUGUUAUGAAAUUUUAAAUCUAAAUACAAACAAGAUCUAUGCAGGAAAGAUUAUUAGUAAAACCAGAAUUUCUAAACCACAUCAGAAACAAAAGAUACUCAGAGAAGUCCAGCUACAGAAGAACCUAAAGCACAGACAUGUUGUGGAGUUUAUUAAUUAUUUUGAAGACGACAGCAAUGUUUACAUUAUCUUGGAAAACUGUAGUCGAAAAUCUUUGGUGCAUGUACUGAAACACAGGAAAUAUCUUACUGAACCUGAAGUUCGCUACUACCUUCGUCAACUAGUGGCUGGUGUGGAAUACAUUCACAGUAACCAAAUAAUUCAUCGUGACUUGAAGCUUGGCAAUAUGUUGCUCAAUAAUGAAAUGGACCUGAAACUGGCUGACUUUGGUCUAGCAACUAAAGUUGAUUUUGCAGGAGAAAAGAAAAUGACUGUUUGUGGAACACCUAACUAUAUAGCUCCAGAAGUUCUUCAGAAGAAAGGACACAGUUUUGAAGCAGACAUCUGGGCUGUAGGCUGUAUAAUGUAUGCUUUACUUGUUGGUCGUCCUCCAUUUGAAACAACUACAUUAAAGGAAACCUACCUUAGGAUCACAGAGAAUAACUACUCUUUCCCCUCAUCCUUGACCACAGCAGCAAAAAAUCUCAUACGUAAAUGUCUGCACCCAGAACCAACUAGCCGACCCUUGUUACAGGAAAUUCUAGCGGAUGAAUUUUUUGUCUGUGGGUAUUUGCCUCAUUCAUUGUCUCCAACUUGUUGCACAGCAAUGCCAAAGUUUCCUUCACGCUAUGCCAGCAAUAGACCAAUGUCUUAUGCUGCUGCCAGGGAACCAACUGUAGAUCAUUUAGGACAACUUGGGAACGCUAUAAGCCAAAUGCACUUAGAUUCUCGCUCUGAAAAUUUAUUGGAAGAAAAAGAGCUUGAAGACAUAGAAAAGAAAUCCCCACAGCACUCACGCACACACAUUGAAAACUCUGUGCAGACACGUGACACUCACAAAAAUGGAAAUAACAGCAAUGAAAGACACAUAGAUGAAAGGUCGAGGUCACCAUCACAACGAGAUCUAACCAAACCUGGCUGUGCAGCAGUUUUACUAAAUGCAUUGACUCUGUGUCUAGAACAAAUGCCAAAAGACUUUAAAAAUAGCCCUGCUCCAAUGAAUGCAGAGAUUACUUGGGUGACAAAAUGGGUAGACUACUCCAACAAAUAUGGCUUUGGUUUUCAGUUGUCUAGUGAUGCACUUGGAGUUUUGUUUAAUGAUACCUCCAGAAUCAUCAUGGCUCCAGAUGGCAGAGCUAUACAGUACUAUGAUGUCACUAGCAAACUUUCGGCUUUCACUUCAGACUGUGUACCUGAUGAUCUGGAGAGGAAAACCACUUUACUCCAGUAUUUUGCUCGAUAUAUGGAUGAACAUCUUAUAAAUGGCGGUGAUCUGGAAUAUUCCAGUUCUAGUGACUCUGUCUCAUGGUCUGGCUCUAUGUUUCUUAAGAAAUGGUUUCGCACAGCUAAAGCUAUAGUAAUGUACUUGAGUGAUGGCACUCUACAGGUGAAUUUCUUUGAUGACCACACCAAACUUAUCCUCAGCUCCAACAGAGGGGACUAUCUAGUGACCUACAUUGAUCAGGAGCGUGUGGCACGCACAUACAACCUGGCACAUAUAAGGCAGGAAGGAUCUGUCCUGGACAUUUACGAGAGAAUGACUUUUGCCAAAUCUAUGUUAAAAAACUUGGUUGAUAUUGAAGGUGCUGACAUUUGAAUACUUUUGGAAAUCAUUUUCGACCCAGUCGCUCCUUCUAACUAAAAUCAACACUUUUAUGACUUCUCAAAACAAUUUGAACCAUUACUUUUCACCUGCAUUGCAUGUUGUCUAUAUUGAAACAGGAUCAUUUUAUGCUUUGUAACAUGGGAAAGAUUUUUGAUGCUUUGUUUUUUAUGUCAGGUUGACUUGUCUAUUGGCUUUGUUCAAAUGAGUGUGUUGACUUUGAAGCUACAAUAUUAUCUACUCCACUAGUUUAGACAAAGUGCUAUUUUAGACUUACUCAUUGCUGUAUUGCUGCUAUCAAAGAUUGGUGUUUGUUUUAAAGUUGUUUUUCUGGAUUCAAGUAAUAACUAGACAUUAUUGUGAAUGUGAAGUGACCAAUGACAUGCAUUGUUGUUUUAUUAGGAUGAGACACACCUUGCUGAAGUUGUUGUUUAUGCACAAGUUGUACCAUUCCUAGAAGUCAAGGACCAAGUUUUCUGUUAUAUAGUCAUAUUUUUAAGGAGAAUUUUUUAUAUCAUUUAUCUUCUUUUUACAAAUAAUCUUUAAAAAAUCAUUGCUUUUGUCUAAUGCUAUUAAGUACAAAAAAAACAACAGAAUUUUUAUUCAGUUUUGGACAAAAUUCUGAAAACAUUGUUAGACAUAAUGUAUAAUGCUAUGAUGUUUAUGUAACUUUAUAUUUCAAGUUGUUCUUGUAUGCAAUUGAAGUGCCUUAGACUACAUUAGUGUCGUUUUGUAUUACAUUAUUUAGUGGCAUUGUUUUGUUGGUUUUAUGCUGCAGCUAGGCAAUCAGAUCAACUUCUUUCAAAUCUCUUUAUUGUUUUGAGACUAUCUACAUGUUGAAAUGAUUAACUGUAUAUAUCUAUAUAUCUUAGAGAGGACCUAACAACAAGAUGCUAUUUUUAGUAUGGCUUGGGUUAACAGUCUUUGACACAUAUAAACCCUUUGUUUCAUCUAGAAGUUACUUCCCACAACCAAUGAUAUUCCUCUCUACAACCUCUCUUACCCUGCCCACAUUUAAAGUUGUGUUAUUUUGUUUCUAUCCCUGACAAUCAAUUCUAUGCAGAUACCUUUAGAUGCUGAUGCUUUAGGUGAUUUAUCUCAUGUCUCUCUGACAUGUCCAAGCUUAUAGCUACCUAUCUUCUAUCUACUACUGUACUAAAUGCUCUAAGACAGUCAACAGAAGUUAAUAUCAGUUAAAAUGUUGUUCCUUCUUAGUAUCCAUUGAAAAAUGCCAAAUAUCUUACCAGCUGUUUUGUACAGGCCAUUCAAUGCCUUUGAAGUAAACUUUCACUGUACAGAUGAUCCAGAGCACACAAGAAGUUUUGGUGAUUUCAUGCUUUGUCCAUAUUUAACAUGACCUUAUGAUCUCAAGUUGUUCAUAUAGAAUAUUGUUUGAUUACAUCCUGGAGGUCUCUCUAGCUUUUGAAGUUAUUGAUGAAACUUUUUCUUGAAGCAGUAGAUAGUCAAUGACUUUUUAAUAGACAUUUUUCUCUAUUUAUAGAGAAGUUGCAUGUUUAAUAAACAAUAUUAAUACAAUAAUGAAUAUAAAAAAAAAUAACUUGAAAAUGUAUGCAAGAUCUGAAAACUGAAAACAAAAAUGUGCCUGUUUGAUAACUUCAUACUAAAUAAAAUGAAGCAGUUCUAUUUCAAAUACCUUGUUAGGAUUUAUAACACUUCACAAUUGACAUGUUUUUAUUAUGGUGUUAAAUCACAAGAAGAAUUGGGUUGGCAUUCAUUAUAAAUUGUUGUUUUUAAUAGCAGCUUGUUCAUGCUUGUUUGUAGAACAAUUCGUGACAUUAAUUCUGCACUUUGAAACACUAUCAUUGCACAUGUCUUAAAACCAACCUGAUUAGCAUUUCCUGUCUCUACAAUUCUUUAUAGAAUAAUUUGCAUUUAGUUGGACUAUUUAAUACCUGUAUAAGUGUUUUCUAUGGCUAUGUUACAAUAGUAACAUAAUAUAUCAACUAUCAUUAUUUUAACACUAUACAUGUGUCAAAAUGUAUUCUUUAUUAUUUCAUUUAAAAUCAUUGAAUGAAAAAAAAAAGUAAUCUUUUCUAAUGCUAUACUUCAGUUUAACAAUAAAGCAACAAAUGUUCAUAAAUAUAAUUCUUCUCUAUACAUUUGUAUUAUUGUACAUUUGUACUUGAACCUCGAUACUGGAGUAACCAUUCAUUGAACUAGUUUAAGCACUCCUGUAGCACGUUUACACAGUUCUUUGGAUCAUGUUUGGUUUAACUUAUAGAGGCAGGAAUCUCGUUAGGUUGAAUGGAUCAAUACAUUUUUUAAUUUAGGCUUUCAAAACCUUUCAUUUCAAUAGAAUUUUAACCAAAAUGUUUGUAUAUGCACAUAACCCUUUUUUUUUACUAGAGAAAUUUUGAGAUAGUUUUUUUGAGUCUUACACACCUAAUGACAUGCAAAGGGAAAUGGAGAGACCUAUCCAAUAUGACAUCAUUAUGUAAAUAUGCUAAAUGAACAAUUAUUGUUGAGAAGCAAUUUGUAGUCUGGCCAGAAGCUCUGACCUUCUAGUCUUCACCUGAGCCUCAUUACACUGAGUGCAAUACAUGGCUCAAACAGUUCACACAGCCAACCAGGCACUGACAUUCUACAGACUUUCUAGUGAGGAGCACAUAUUCCAGCUAUGUACAUAGUAGAUUGAGAAAAAGUUGCUUUAAACAUUUUUUUUGUUUGCUUGGGAUUUUUUAAUUCUUUUUUUUAAACCCUUUUCUGGCUUAUUGUUUGUUCUACAGCUUGGUUUCAGGUUGUAUUCACACUUGAUUCUUUUGUGGUAGAGAUUUCCUUACCUCUGGUUCUGCAGAAAAUUGAGGGAAUUACUUGAUUUUGUCCAACUCGUUGAUCAAUCAAAGCUCUCUCUAGUUUGUUUUUUUCUUCUGCUAUCAGUUACUGUACAGCCAAACAAAAAAGUGAAAUUUUGUUAUCUAUGUGUGUGUGUUUUUGUGUCUUGCAUAACAUACUGACAUAUAUAUGCAAGUAAUUUGUUGGUCUAUAAUCACCCAAUACUUUGUCCUUUUACAAGAAUGUAAUGUUUGUUGUCUUUAGCAUAAGAUAUAAAAGAUGCAAUGCAGCGUAUACAUGUUUAUACCAGAAAACUUGUGUAUUGGGAUAGACUGAACUUCUCUGCUAUUAUUUCCUUUUAUGUUUCAACUAGAAAUUUGUGGAGGUCAAAAUAUAGUAUUGUUCUUCUAGAAUGUACUCAUUGUAUGGCAGUUAGGCCUGUGGCUAAGAGAUGCUUUGUCAUGAUACACAUGCCAUUUUCUUUUUUAUCAAUGAUUGACAUGUCUAAAAUGUUUCAAAUAUCUGAACAGGUGCCAUUUAUUUUGUGAACAUUUAAUCCCUCUGGCUGUUAUCUUCUAUGUCAUGAUAGGACUUCUUCACAUAUUACUAGUUUGUGUGUCUGUAUUGAAUAGAUAGCUGUCAUCCAUUACAUCAAUAGGGUUUGGUAUUAAUUGUUUUACAUCUGAUCAAUUAUGUGUAGUAAUAAAUAGGACAAAUAGAACAAAUUUUUUUUUUCAUUGAAUAAAACUGAAACCCAAAGUUGGAUCUACUCUGAAUAAAUCUGUGACUUGAUAUUGAUGAAUGCUGUAAACUCUAAAAAGAUUUUAUGUUGCAUUUUAUGGAAUAUAUCUAGGAUUUUUUUCCCAUCCAGAUCCUUGAAGUAUUCUACAGCAUGUUAGGCUGUAUUACAAACAUGUUAGAAAAAUACAAUGCUCACAGUUGACUACAUAAUUGUAAGCAGCUGACACAAAACUUUACUGCUGUUGGUAAAGUCCAUUUGAAAUACUUUGGCCUUUUCCAACCUUGUUCUAUGCUAUUGUUAGAAGUUGUGUGACAGAAGUGCCUGAACCCCAAAGAAAUAAUUCACAUCAUGCCAAUACAAUAAUGUUGAUUAUGCAACUUUGCAAAUGUAAAUAACUUUUUUCUCAUGGUUUGAAAUCAAUAUAACAAAUUGUUUGUUCACAUUUUGUCUAAGCAGCAAUUUAUUUGGUUUUAAAAUAAAACAAAAACAUUUAAAAUGGAAGUUUUUUAUUAAUUGUUCAAGUAUAGUAUGGUACAUAAAAAUGGUUUUGUAAAGAGCCUUGACUAUAAAAAAAAAAAAAAAAGACUUUUCUGUAUGGGAGCUCUUGUUGACUUGACAUUAAUGCACUAAAAGUCAUUCCUAGACAUUGUAAUUCUCUGUCUGUUUUUUUUUUUCCUACAAAAUUAUAUUGGUCACUUAUCAUUCCUCUGUUUCUGUACCCGACCAUAUACAUCCUUUUUUGUCCUUUCAGAAAGAAUAUUGAAUUUCAACUACUGCUGAUUUGCAUUGAUAAAUAUAUAUGCACCUUUGUUUCAUGUCUACUAUAUAUCAUAAUAUAGAAUGCUUAGGUUGAAGAUAAAUACUUUAACUAUUUUGUGAAAUACAUACAAAUAAAGAAGUUAAAACAAUC